AUGGUUUCUGUAGCUGGAUCCAGCACCGGAAGAGGCUCCCCAGCCGUAACUCUAGUACAGUUACCUUCCGGCCAGACCGUCCAUGUCCAGGGAGUAAUUCAGACACCACAGCCAUCCGUUAUUCAGUCACCACAAAUACAAACUGUUCAGGUAGCAACCAUUGCAGAAACAGAUGAGUCUGCAGAAUCAGAAGGUGUAAUUGACUCUCAUAAGCGUAGAGAAAUCCUUUCACGAAGACCCUCUUACAGAAAAAUACUGAAUGAACUUUCCUCUGAUGUGCCUGGUGUACCCAAGAUUGAAGAAGAAAAAUCAGAGGAAGAAGGAACACCGCCUAACAUCGCUGCUAUGGCAGUGCCGACUAGCAUAUAUCAGACUAGCACGGGGCAAUACAUUGCUAUAGCCCAAGGUGGAGCAAUCCAGAUUUCUAACCCAGGAUCUGAUGGUGUUCAGGGACUGCAGGCAUUAACAAUGACAAAUUCAGGAGCUCCUCCGCCAGGUGCGACAAUUGUGCAGUACGCAGCACAGUCAGCAGAUGGCACACAGCAGUUCUUUGUCCCAGGCAGCCAGGUGGUGGUUCAAGAUGAGGAAACUGAACUUGCCCCAAGUCACAUGGCUGCCGCCACUGGCGACAUGCCGACUUACCAGAUCCGAGCUCCGACUACUGCUUUGCCACAGGGGGUGGUGAUGGCUGCCUCCCCCGGAAGCCUGCACAGUCCCCAGCAGCUGGCAGAGGAGGCAACACGCAAACGGGAGCUGAGGCUAAUGAAAAACAGGGAAGCUGCUAAAGAAUGUCGACGUCGAAAGAAAGAAUAUGUCAAGUGUCUGGAGAGUCGAGUCGCGGUGCUGGAAGUUCAAAACAAGAAGCUUAUAGAGGAACUGGAAACCUUGAAAGACAUUUGCUCUCCCAAAACAGAUUAGUAGAAAUAUUUAACUAUGAACUGAUUACAACCUGUACAGUUGCUUUUGAAGGCAAUACAAUAUAUAGCCGGCAAGAAUUAUGGCUUUUUUUUUUCUCCUUUGUAUCAUUCAGCGUAUUUUCUAAUCUCUAACAUUCCCAAACUGCUUCACUGUACGUAGUUAACUCUUAGCUGUAACUUCAAUUUUUUUUAAAAGAGACAAACUGUAAAAAAAAGUCUGUAACAGAUUCUUAAAAUGCAAUAUUUGUAAGACUUUUUCCAAUGCCA